AUGGGUGCUUAUGUGAGCCUCUCAGAGUACAAUGGGAAAGAGGGUAUGAUCUUGCUGUCUGAAUUGUCUCGCCGACGUAUACGAUCAGUGAACAAGUUGAUCCGAGUAGGCCGCAGCGAGUGUGUGGUCGUCAUUAGGGUAGAUAAGGAUAAAGGAUACAUCGACUUGUCCAAAAGACGAGUAUAUUCCAAAGAUUUGAUUCUGUGUGAAGAGCGAUUUGCGAAAGCAAAGGCAAUUAAUAGCAUUUUACGGCAUGUCGCAGAACAGCUUGGAUAUGACAAAGACGAGCAGUUGGAGGACCUAUACAUGAGGACAGCGUGGCAUUUCGAUAGGAAAGAAAAGAAAAAAGCUGCUGCUUACGACGUUUUCAAACGAGCUAUUGCGGAGCCUCACGUAUUGGACGAAUGCGAUAUUUCUCCUGAAGUUAGAGAAGCACUUCUGGAAGACAUUAGGAAGAAACUCACUCCACAAGCCGUCAAGAUUCGAGCCGAUAUAGAGGUGUCAUGUUUCUCUUAUGAUGGCAUUGACGCCAUCAAGGAAGCACUAAUUGCUGGCAAGAAUUGUUCAACAGAGUCGAUGCCGAUUAAGAUCAAUCUCAUCGCUGCUCCACAUUUUGUCGUCACGACACAGACGCUUGAUAGAGAACAUGGUCUCACUGCUGUCAAUGAUGCGCUGGAUGUUGUUAGGCAGACUAUAGAAAGAUAUGGAGGAAAAUUUGCUAUCAAAGAGGAGGCUCGCGUCGUCACCGAUGUUGACGACAAUGACAUUAAGAAAAGGUUGGAGCUGGCUGAACUUGAGGAAGAGGAAGGGUCUGAUGAAGACGAAGAUGAAAGUGAGGAGGAGGAUCAGGUAAGUUUCUGCCACACAUUGCUCGCCAAUCCAAACAAUGUACCGGAGGCCCGUACACUGCCAAAAGAUGCGCGGCCGCACACGGUCGUCAGCGGACGAGUCGCAGCGAUGGCGAUGUCAUAG